AUGAGAGUACCCAUGCCUCGAUUAGCCAGGCGAUUGGCAUCGACGAGCAGUAAGCCGGCACUCAAAUAUACUGGCCGCAUCCCCAAGCCAGCUCCACCACCACCAGGACCGGGCGAGACGGCUGCACCGGAGAGUCAGAAAGAGACACAGCAAGCUCGCAGAGCCAUCAUGGAUGCUAUCAAGGAGGACCACAACAGAGACUACAAGAAGCGAUACAGUUCAAAACUGUGGAGCUGGACAAUCAUUAUUUGCGGCACUCCCAUUAUUCUUGUCAUCACUCCAUACUUGUUUCGGAGAGGUACGUUUAGAUUCUGCUUCAACUGUAGUGGAUACAAGCGCUAA